AUGAAUUCAUCUCAUUUUUAUGGGAGUGGAUCAAAUAUUGGUGGUCAAUAUGGAUUAGCAGGGGCAUCUAGUUGGAUUAACCCAAAUGUACAACAUACUAAACCAAUAAGACCCUCAUUUAAAACUACAGAAGGUCAUUAUAAAUUAAUUAAAGAUGUUCCAGUUGAAAUUGAUCAAAAAUCAUUUAAAAGAGGUAUCAUCUCAAGUAAAGGCUAUCCAAAAGUUUCAUAUUAUUAUAAAGGUUCUAAAAAUCAUCAACAACAACAACUUCAACAACAUCAAUCAUCUAUUUAUACAACACCAUCAUCAUCAUUUAAUAAUACUAAAAGUAAUGUAAAUAACAUAAUUAACAACAAUAAUAAUAAUAAUAAUUCAGCAUCAUCAUCACCAUCCUCAACCUCAACUUCAUCAUUGCAUACUGCAUCAUCAUCUACAUCAAUAAAUACAAUUAAUUCAUUGAAUAUACCACACUCAACCAUGGGUGCUUUUACACCUAUUGAAGAUUAUCAAUCAUCUUCUCAUCCAUCACCAUCCAAUAGUACAAUUAAUAAUAGUAAUAGUACUAGUAAUAGUAAUAGUAGUAGUAGUAGUAACAGUAGUGGUAGUAAAAAUAGUAGUAAAAAGAAUAUAAUCCAUCCAACAAGUGAAAAAGAUCAAUUAUACUUUAGUUUCACAAAUAUUGGAAAUUUAUCAUUAUUUAAUUUCACCAAUAUUGAUAAAGCGGAAUAUGAGGAGAAAAUAAAUCCAAUUCAUACUGGUUAUAAUGCACUUUGUCAAAAAAUAAAAAAAUUAAAGAAAAAUAGUCAUCUUCAAAUCCUAGUUGGUACUGAUACUGGUGAAAUCUUAUUAUUUGAUCCUCAAAUUAAACCAGUAGAUAUUAAAGUAUUUAAUAAAGAUAAUCUUGAAAAAACAAAAUGUUUAUGUGUAGAUUGGUUACCAAAUUGUGAUGAUAGAUUUAUUGCAGGUUUUGAUAAUGGAAAUAUUAUGAUUUUCGAUACAAAUAGAACAGAACAUAAAAGUUUACUCUAUCAAUAUAAUAAUGUUUCAAAUAGUAAUGUAAAUGUAAAUAGUAAUGUUAAUUAUAAUAAUAAUAAUAGCAGCAAUAAUAAUAAUAAUGGUGGUUAUAAUAAUAGUAUAAGUGGUAAAAAACAAGAUUUUAAAUUUUCAGUAUAUCUUCAAAAGGAAUCAAGAUUUAAUCCAGUCAGUCUAUGGAAAGUUUCUGAUAAAAAGAAAGUGAAUUCAUUUUGUUUUUCGCCUGAUGGCAAAUAUAUAGCAGUUGCUUGUCAAGAAGGUUUAUUGAAUAUUUAUGAUAUUGAUGGAAAAAUUCAUUUAUUAUCAUUUAAGAGUUAUUUUGGUGGUUUCUUAUCAGUAGAUUGGAGUAGAGAUGGAAAAUAUAUUGCUGUGAGUUUUUUUUUUUUUAUUUUUUUUAUAUUUACUGGUGGUGAGGAUGAUUUCAUUAGUAUAUUCUCAUUUGAAGAGAGACAAUUGGUUGCAAGAGGUCAGGGUCAUCUGUCAUGGGUAGGUUGUAUUAAAUUUGAUCCUUAUGCUUUCCCAAUUGAUUCAAAUUAUUAUAGAAUUCUAUCUGGUGGUGAAGAUACAAGAUUAUUACUUUGGGAUUUUUCUAAAGAUACUGUACUAAGAAAACAAAGAGGAAAAAGUUUUUCAAAUAAUAAAAAUAAUAAUUCAGGUUAUAAUUUAAAUAAUAAUAAUAGUAAUAAUAAUAAUAAUAAUAAUAAUAAUAACAAUAAUAAUAAUAAUAAUAGUAAUAAUAGUGAUGAUAAUAGUUCUAAGGAAGAAUCACCAUCUUUAUCAUCAGUUUUAAGUAAAGAAAGUCAACAAAAAGCAAAUGAAUUACAGAAAAAGCCAAUAGAUUUAAAUAUUUCCCCACCUACAACUCCAAUCCUUGUAAAUAGUCUCUCAAGAACUGUUGCACCAAUAAUAUUACCAAUUGUAUCACACAGAGUUCACACAGAUCCACUAACUGAUUUACUAUGCACCAAUGAUUGGAUUGUUACUGUUUCUUAUAAAAAGUUUAGCAUUUGGGCUAGACCUGAUACCGUUGCAAAUGCACAAAAAGCAGACUCGAUAAUGUGUUCCCCAAAUACACCAUCUUCAUUUACAAAACAAUAUCUUCAAAUGGAAAAUAGUUGGAAAUAA